AUGAACGAUUACGGUUAUGGAAAACAACGAGAAAGUAACGAUUUUCACGAUAACGUCCGAAAUGAGCAGGGGAAAAUGGAAAAUCGGGGUAAAAACCGGGACACAGGAUCUAUGACUCUUAAACGAUUGAAUAGUAUUCAGGAUCCAGGAAAGAGAUAUGAACUGAAGGAUCGUAUUGGUACUGGCAUAUGCGGCGAUGUUUACGAAGGGAUUGAUCAGCAAGCUGGAAAUAAAAAAGUUGCCAUUAAGAUUCAAAAGCUCACGCCGGAAACGCAGUUCCUAAUUGUAGAAGAGUAUCAUAUUCUUCGUGAUUUCGCCGGUCAUUCAAAUCUACCGGAUUUCUACGGAAUAUAUCGCAGACGAUCAACUAAGAAAGCCGAAUACGACGAAAUAUGGUUCGUCAUGGAGCUCUGCGAAGGUGGAACAGUCAUGGAUCUCGUUCGUGGGAUGAUCGCAAGUGACAAAAGAAUACGAGAAGAACAUAUUGCCUUCAUCUUAAGGGAAGUGAUCAGGGCUUUGAUCCACUUGCACGAGCACAACGUGAUCCACAGAGAUGUCCGUGGCAGCAAUAUCGUUCUGACGAAGGAAGGCGAAGUGAAAUUAGUGGAUUUUGGGCUCUCGAGAACGAUGAAAAGCGAACUCGAAAAAAGGCGCACCUACAUAGGCUCACCGUCCUGGAUGGCGCCAGAAAUGAUUGGUGGGAAAGACAGCGGAGCCGACAGCGGAUACGGCAGCCGAGUCGACGUAUGGGCGAUCGGCAUCACGGCGAUAGAACUGGCCGACGGCAAAGCACCGUUCGAGGACAUGCAUCCGACUCGCGCGCUCUUCCAGAUCGUCCGGAAUCCACCGCCGACUCUCUACCGACCCGCCAACUGGUCGAAGAAUUUCAAUGACUUCAUUUCGGAAUGCCUCGAAAAGAAUCCCGAGAACAGGCCGUACAUGAUGGAGAUCAUCGAGCAUCCCUUUCUGUCGGAGCUACCCGAAAACGAUUAUCCUCUGACGCAAGAGAUCAAAGCGCUGUCAAUGGAUCUCUCGGAGAAGGGCAGACAACAAAGAAAAGCGGAAUCGAUAGUUCGUAAAGGUUUCUUGAAGAUUCAUCAGGAUGAGCCACCGGAACAAAUGUUCAUGGAGGACUUAGCGGCACUGGAUAUCCUGACUGAAGACAUCAUCUUGGACGAACUUCGCGAGAAACUGCGGCGAGGUGAAUAUCACACGUUUAUCGGCGACAUUUUAUUGAUACUCAACCCGAACGAGGAGCACGAUAUUUACGGUGUUCACCAUCACGCAAAAUAUCAAUGCAAAUCACGAUCGGAUAAUGCUCCCCAUAUCUAUUCCGUAGCGGAUAGCGCGUUUCAAGAUGUCAUGCUUAACGAAGAAGCUCAGCACAUUUUGCUAGCCGGUGAAAGUAACUCCGGGAAAACGACGAAUAUGCUGCAUCUAGUGGAGCAUCUUAUGUUCCUCGGAAAAGGUCUGCACGAUACCGGAGCGAGAGUGCUGCGAGCUAUAAAAAUUAUUCAUGCUUUUGCAAACGCGGCGACACCGCUGAAUGCUAAUUCAACCAGAUGCAUAUUGCAAAUACAGACGACUUUCGGGUCAACCGGCAAAGCAUCGGGGGCAAUAUUGUGGCUGUAUCAGUUGGAAAAAUGGCGCGUUUCGACUCGCGACAGAAAUCAAUCAAACUUUCAUAUUUUUUACUACUUUUACGACGGUCUCGAGGCAUCAGAAAAUUUGAAAACGUAUUUCUUACCAAGUGGUAGAAAACUUCGAUACCUCAGAAUAACCGAUAAAAGCACCGAAAAAAAACGAGCGUUCAAAGUGAGAAAUGAUCCGCAAAACAACGCGGUUAGACUCGAGGAACUUAGGGAUUGUUUUAAGUUUAUGGAUAUGGAAGAGCAUUGCGAGACUAUUUGGAAAAUUCUCGCAGCCAUUCUGAUGCUCGGAGAGAUUCGAUUCGUUGAAGGCAAUAACGGAGAGGCUGAGUUGGACAACAGCGAAAUUGCUAACAGAGUGGCAGAACUUCUUGGCUUGGACUCGAAGAAAUUUAUUUGGGCUCUCGUUAAUUACUGCUUGAUCGUGAAGGGAUCAGCGAUACGUAGGAAGCACACUUGCGAAGAAGCGAAAGAGGCACGAGAUGUCUUAGCAAACACUCUUUAUCAGCGUUUAGUAGAUUGGAUAAUCAACAUCAUUAACUAUAAACUUUCAAUGACUCGUAGCCUUUAUGGCGAUAAAUAUUCCAUCAGCAUCCUUGAUCACUUUGGACUCGAAUGUUUCUCAGUAAAUCGGCUGGAACAACUAUUGGUGAAUACGUUAAACGAACAAAUGCAAUAUUAUUAUAAUCAAAGAGUAUUCGCUUGGGAAAUGCAAGAACAAGAAGAGGAGGAUAUACCCAUGCAACGAUUACGCUUUUACGAUAAUAAGGAAGCGGUUGAUCAACUAAUGAGCAAAGAAGCUGGCCUCUUUCACAUUAUCGAUGACGCUUCACGGCAAAUGCAAGACGCUCAGUAUAUUCUCGAGAGGAUUAAAGAACAUAAACGUGGCAUCCACGUGAAACCGGUGAGUUCGCACGAGUUCACGGUCACACAUUACACCGGUAAGCUGAUAUACGACGCCAGCGAAAUUGCCACGAAAAAUCGAGACUUCAUACCGCCGGAGAUGAUCGGCACGAUGAGAUUCUCUUCGCACGAUGCAGUCAAGCAGAUGUUCACUAACAAGCUAACCAAGUCGGGAAACCUGACGAUCGUUCACGAACAUUGUCUCGCGGCGAAGAAGACGUCGAAAAAGAAAUGGAGUGCUCUUAUGCAAGAGUCUUCUAUGUUACGAAAAUAUAACACUGCGUCCAGAGGACAGUACUCACAGUCGCGCAAGAUGCGAACAUGCUCGUCAACGUUCAGAGCGACGAGUCUCGAAAUUUUGAAAAAUCUCGCGAUAGGCGUGGGCGGCACACAUUUUGUCAGAUGCAUACGCUCCGAUCUCGAGGAUGCUCCUCGCAGCUUUUACCGCGAAAUCGUCAAACAACAAAUCAGGGCGUUAGCAGUUCUUGAUACCGCGAAAGCCAGACGACGCGGGUAUCCAUACAGAGUACCGUUCCAAGAAUUUCUUCGAAGAUACAAGUUUCUAGCCUUCGACUUUGACGAAACGGUAGAGAUGACGAAAGAUAACUGCAGAUUACUUUUGAUCAGAUUAAAAAUGGAAGGCUGGAUUAUCGGCAAGACCAAGGUUUUCUUAAAGUACUACAAUGAGGAAUAUUUAUCGCGCUUAUAUGAAACUCAAGUAAAAAAAAUCAUAAAGGUUCAAUGCAUGUUGCGUGCCUUUCUAGCGCGUAAAAAUAUUGCCUCGAAAAUGUGUAAUAUCAAGAAAGAAAUUGUAAAGAAAGCGUCAAUCAAGAGAAAUAACUCACUUACUGAAGAAAAAGCGGCAUUGAUGAUACAGAAAACAUACAGAGGACAUAUUGUAAGAAAAGAAAUGGGGCCUUUACUCAAGGAAGAAAUGAGUCAAGAGACGAAAGAUUUCAUCAAAUUCUAUUGCAGCAAAUGGAGAUCGAAAAGCGUGUUCCAAGUCCUCCUACGGUACCGUGCAGCCCGAUAUCAAGAUUUUGUGCAAUUAUCGCAACAGGUUCAUCUGUACAAUCAAUCGAUAGUGGCAGCCUUGGAAAAAAUGAAUGAACAUGUUGUAUCCCUUGAAAAGAUCGAUCCAAGUGCCAAAAUAGAUGCCUACGUAAAUGAGGUAAAACCACCUCAAGUCUACAAACUUCCUUUCAAUAUGCAACAAGAGCUCCCGUAUUUCGACACGAAUUACAUGAAUGAUCCUUCAAACGUAAACAUUAAACGUGCAGGGUCUAUAUCAUCCACAUUAAGCGACGACGAGCACGAGUCCUGGGAUGCACCGUUACGUAGACAAACCGUACCCUGGGCUAACAAAAAUGUUCACACCAGAGAUAUCGAGGUACAAACAACAAACUCGCCACAUCGCGUACCUCUUCAUCGUUCGUCGAUCAGCGGUGAGCAAAGUUUAAUCAACACUCUAUUCACCAGGGAUCCGAAUGUUCCGAUUCAGUGUCCACCGAAGGAGCCACCCCGCCGUAACAUUUCUGGCUUUCAAUCUGCGAAUAAACGUAACUCCACACACUCUUCCGAAUCUUAUACUCCUUACUGCGCAAAAUUGCAACAAAAUAACAACAUCGACGCCGGAUACACUAGGAAGAAAGUAUCAUCGCCACCAGUACCAGUCAAUCGAACGCAACCCUCAGCAAUGCGCAAUUUCAACAAUUAUGAAUCAAACAUUCAAAACAAAAAUAGUACAGAAUGGGAGUUUGAGAACAGAAAUAAUCGCAAUAUUAACAGUGAUAUUCGUGUAAAUGCUAUCAAAGAAUUGGAAAUGAUCGGACGCAGGAACAACAAUGAUGAAAAUGACGAUGCACCACCAUUCAACUUUCAAGCGAUGCUGCGGAAAACGCCUCAUCAGCGUGCUUCGAUGAAACGUAACCCCGUAUACGAGAGCGUCACGUCAUCAGAAUCAGUACCAAAAUCUUAUCACCGCAAUAACGAUUUAGACGAAUCAAAUACUGUCUACAAGAGUAGCGAUAGUCGUAAAGAUUCGCCAGAGUGGAGUCCGAACGAAAUGAUCCUCAUGUCAGAGGAAUACGCGAAUGAGAAUACGGAAGCAUUGAAUAAAGAAGACGCAAAAAACAGUGUUACUACAGAGAUAGCACCGGGCAUUGUUGUCAAAGGCUACGUGGCUGACCUCUAAAAACUCACAACCAGAGAUUAGUUGCAUCAAAAUCAAUUAAUUGCAUUUAUGUUUAAGCAAAUUAUUUCUCUUCGUGUAUUUAUCAUAUCUAGGACUAUAAUUUGGAAAAGAAGAAAGAUCGCUAAUUAAAAUUUAGUAGAGAUAAAAAAGUAAUGCAACCAAUUUCUCAUAUUUAGAUUGCGUCUAAUAAAAACAUAAAUCUAUAACAAAUAGCGCAAUGAAAUCACUGACGUCGUGACAAAUUGUUGAUUAAACAAAUCAAUAAUUACAACUAAAAGAAUUAAGGACAUAUGUAUUUGCGAUUUAUUUAUUGUAGAAAGUUAAAUAUUAUUUCUCUGUUAAUAUAAAUCAUAACCAAUAACCAUUUCUAUAAAUCAAUAUCAAUAUAACUCAAAAUAAAUAAUUUAAAUUAUAAAUAGCGUAUUAUGCAUUUAUAAUAGUACUGAUUAAUGCGCAUGUGUUCAUAAAAAAUAUAUAUAUAAGUACUUAACAAAUUAUAA